AUGCAACCUCAACCCAACCAGCCUGCUAUUGUUCGAUUGACCCAUAAGAUUGUGGAUCAAAAGGUAGAGAGUAACUCGUUACUGCCGCAUGUUUCAACCACUACUGCUGCUGCACCCACUGCCACUGCGUCCGCUAAUGAUAACAAAAGGAAGUGGAGUGACUAUGAUAAAGCCUCUAGCGCGAGUCAGACACAGAAAAGACCAGAUAAUAACAACAACCGCAGCAUCAGCCAGUCGUCUUCUAUCAAUCAAGGCCAAGGGGUAGCCAAAGCCAGGAUGUCUGAUGGCUCAUGUAGUGGCCCUUUUUUCUUUGAUGAAGAUCAACAUUUAGACAUACGUUCAUCGUUUGAUUCUAUUGAAUUUCAAUCAAGUGCUGAUACUCCAUCAAUGGAAAGUAAUCCAAAAGUUGUUAUUAUUGACGAAGAGGUCAAUGAAGCUCUAAAUGCAACAACUGCUGGUACAGAGAAAGCAGAUACAUGUAAUAAAGGGGCAGGACCAUUCUGUAAGAAGAAAAGGAAAUCGACUUCAACUUGUUGGGAACAUUUCCGUGAGGUAACUUCGAAUGGAACUAUAAUGACUGAGUGCAUCCAUUGUGGGGAGAAGCUUAAAAAAUUUAAAGAAGGAACAACCACACCAAUGAACAGGCACAUUAAUGAAUCUUGCCCAAAAUUAAAAGCUGUGAAUGUGAAUAGAGGUCAGUUAAAACUAAAUGUUUUGCCUAGAAAAUCAAAUUCUACAUCAGUUCAGAAUUGGAAGUUUGAUAAUGCCAGGAUUAGAGAAGUUAUAGCUCAUAUGAUCAUGAUUCAUGAGUUGCCAUUUAAUUUUGUUGAAUAUGAUCUCUUCAACGUGGUAAUGAAGGAAGCUAAUCCGGCAUUCAAUAAGAUCUCACGUGCAUCAGCUAGGCAAGAUUGCAUUUCUAGUUAUGACAUUGGAAGGAAAAGAAUUCAAAAACUUUUAAAUACAGUCAGUCGUGUUAGCAUUACAACUGAUAUGUGGACUUCAGUUCAGAAUAUUCAUUACAUGGUUGUCACAUGCCGUUUUGUAGACUCGGAUUUUCAGUUACGUAAAUGCAUUUUGAAUUUUGUUGAUAUAUCUCCACCAUACACUGGUCUUGGUAUCUAUGAUUGUCUUUUCAAGUGUCUAAAAGAGUGGAAAGUUGAGAAGAAGGUGGCUACUUUGAUAGUCGACAAUGCUAAAACUAACGAUGUGGUUGCUAAGAAGUUAAUGGAAAACUUAAAUCUUCAAAGUAAGCUUGGUAUUGAUGGGAAAUUAUUUCAUGUGCGAUGUUGUGCACACAUUCUUAACUUGUUGGUACAAGAUGGUUUAACUGAAAUUAAAGAUAUAAUUCACAAUGUUCGUGAAAGUGUGAAACAUGUGAGCGCUUCUCCGGGUCGGUUGCAUAUCUUUGGUGAGCUUUCAAAGCAACAACAAAUGCCUAACAAGCAUCUAAUCUUAGACGUUAGUACUCGUUGGAAUGCUACAUAUGCCAUGUUAUCUUCAGCCUUGGAGUUUAAAGACGUUUUUGAAAAUUAUGCCGACCGAGAAAGUUCAUACAAGACUUUGCCGAGUGAUGAUGAUUGGAAAAAAGUUGAAGAUGUUUGCUCUUUCUUAGCAUUGUUCAAUGAGGCUACAAAAAUAAUUUCAGGCUCCGAAUAUCCGACAUCAAAUUUAUUUCUUGUGGAAUUAUAUGGGAUAAAAGAGGCAUUGGAUAAGGUAGCAUUGGAUGAGAAUGAUUGUAUGAGAGGUAUGGCUUCUGAGAUGAAAAAGAAAUUUGACAAGUAUUGGGGUUCGACUAAUUUGUUGAUUUCAGUUGCUGCUAUUUUAGAUCCUAGAUACAAAAUGGAAUUAAUUAAUCUUUCUUUUAAAUAUAUUUAUCCUGAGGAUGAGGCCAAACAAGAGAAAUAA